CUUGGUAUCUCCUUCUUCUGAUCCGCUAACAGCAUUAUCACGCUUCGUCGCCAAUCAACUAGGUUAAUUUAGAAUCUUACGUCAGUGCAGUGAACAUUCCUGCUCAUUUAGUUCAAAUGUGACGCAAAAUUACGAACGGAAAAUACAUUUGUGGCGACAACAAAAACAUUCGUCGCCGGCCGCCGGCGGUUGCGUUCCUUUAUUUGUUUGCUGAAGACUGAAGCUGUAAGUUUCUUAAAGGUUUUCCUGCAGACGUUGAGUCAUGUACAAGUUUCGUGCGGCGUUGGUCGGGCAUGCCUCCGACGUACGAGCGGUGGCAGCUGGCAUCUGUCCUCAAGGCAGCAUCAUCACCUGCUCCAGAGAUGAGACGGCGCGCAUUUGGACACCGGACAGCGACGGGGUCGGCUUCACGACCACGCAGACGCUGCGUGGCCACACGCGCUACGUGGUGUCCACGUGUGUGAUGCCGCCUGGUGACGAGUUUCCCGACGGACUGAUCCUCACGGGCAGCAACGACGGCAACAUCCACGUCUACUCUCACAAGAGUAGCGAGCCGCUCUUCAAGCUGACCGGUCACACGGGCACCGUGGCGGCGCUGGCGGCGGGAAAGUUCGGUACGAUUGUUAGCGGCUCGUGGGACUGCAGCGCGCGCGUGUGGCUCGGCCAGAAGUGCGUGCUGACCCUGAGCGGCCACGCCGCCGCCGUCUGGGCGGUGGCCAUCCUGCCCGGGUCGGGUCUGGUCAUCACCGGAUCGGCAGACAAGACCAUACUGGCGUGGAAGACCGGGAAGGUCAUACAGAAAUUCACAGGUCACGAAGACUGUGUCCGUGGCCUGGCGCUCCUCUCCGAGGAAGAGUUUCUCUCCUGCGGUAACGACGCGACAAUACGACGGUGGAAUAUCAAUGGCACCUGUGUACAGACUCUGUACGGGCACUCCAACUUUGUGUACAGCGUGGCUGUCCUACCGAACGGCGUGGAUCUCGUGUCUGCCGGCGAGGACCGGACGGUGCGAGUGUGGCGCGGCGGCCAGCUCGACCAGACCAUCAACCUGCCGGCCCAGUCGGUGUGGGCCGUGGCCUGUCUGCAGAACGGAGACAUCGCCGCCGGAACCAGUGACGGCGUGUGCCGUGUGUUCAGCGCCGCCCCGGAGCGGCAGGCGCCGCCCGAUAUACAGGAGGUGUACGAACAGGAGGUUGCCGGCACUCAGCUCAGCAAGGCAGAGCUCGGAGGAUACAAGGUGGCUGACCUCCCCGGCAAGGAGGUGCUGCUGGCGCCCGGCCGCCGGGAUGGUCAGACUGUGAUGGUACGGGACGGUACGAACGUCACCUGCCACUCGUGGUCGGCCUCCGAGCAGCUCUGGAAAAAGGUCGGAGACGUGGUGGGCGCCUCUGGCGGCUCCACUGAGACCUCAGGGAAGGUGCUUCACGAUGGGAAGGAGUACGACUACGUGUUCACGGUGGACAUCCAGGAGGGCGCGCCGCCGCUGAAGCUGCCCUACAACACGUCCGAGGACCCGUGGCAGGCGGCGCAGCGCUUCAUCCACAAACACGAGCUGAGCCAGCAGUUCCUCGAUACGGUGGCCAACUUCAUCAUCAAGAACAGCGGCGGCGCCGGGGCGGCCGCCAAGCCGCCUCAGCCGUCGGGAGAGUACUAUGAUCCCUUCACUGGAGCGGGUCGGUACGUCCCCGCGGCCGGGGAACACCACGUGGGGGCCGGCGGCGCAGAUCCCUUCACUGGCAGUGGCCGCUACGUACCGCCCGGAACCGCUAUGGACACCACCCCCGCCCCCGCCGCCGCCCCACCCGCGUCACGAUACUUCCCGCAGAACGACUUUGUGUACUUCGACAAAGGAAACGUGGAGGGAAUGGCCACCAAGCUGCGUGAGUUCAACCAGCGCACCGGCGACGGGUGCCACCGGCUGGAGGAGACGGUGCUGCAGGAGCUGACCAAGCUGGCCGAGCCGACGGCGUCGCCGGCCCCCCAUCACCUGGCCAUGCUGCUCCGGCUGCUGGACUGGCCCAAAGAGCUGGCGUUCCCGGCGAUCGACCUGCUGCGACUGGCCGUCCGGAACCCGGAGACCUGCCAGUACUUCUGCGCCGAGGAGCGGCGGCCCGCGCUGCUGGCGGCUCUGCAGCGGUUCGCGCAGCCCGACUCGCCCCCCGCCAACCAGAUGCUAGCUCUGCGCGCCACCUGUAACCUCUUCCGGCACGCCAGCGGCGAGCGGGCCGUGAUGGCGGCGCGCGAGGACGUCUCGGCCGCCGCGCUGGCGCUGUUCCCGGCCGCCAGCCGCGCCGUGGAGGUGGCGCUGGCCACUCUCCUGCUCAACGUGGCCGUCAGCCUGUCACGCGCCGGGGACCUGGAGGCGCGCGCGCAGACGCUCUCGGCACUGGGUGUGCUGCUCCAGCAGCUGACCGACGGCGAGGCGCAGUUCCGAGCGCUGGUCGGGUUCGGGACGCUGGCGGCGGCCGCCAGGGACAUGACGGCGCUCGCCCGGAGUCUGGAGGUGGAGUCGGUGCUGGAGAGGCUGAAAAACGUCCCCGAGCCGGAGAAGGUGGCGGCGUGCGCGCGGCAGCUCGAGCAGCUGGUGCGCAGCAGCUGAGACACCGCCGGUGGCCGCCGCGGCGGGCCGGGACGGCGGAGCGAGCCGCUGCGACGCCGGACGACGGCGGACUGUGUAGGGAAUCGUCAUCAAACGGGCCUGCCACCGACCACCGGCGCGGCGGCGGGGUGGACAAUCGGGCCGCGAUGACUGGCGGCCGUUUGGGAGACUCAGUGGCGGGUGGCUGCAGCUCCAUUUUAACUGUGCCGGUGCCGUGUGUCAGGGAGUGCAGUCAAAGGAGGGACGGCCGGCAGGGGAGGCCACUGGGGUCAGGACACGGAGUCAGGAGUGCUCACUCAGGUCGGUGCCGGUGACCUGGCCUCGAGGGUGGGCAGGGGAGGGAUGGAGAAGAAACAAUGGCAUCGGUGGAGAGAGCGUUUAUUUUGGUUCGCAUGUUAAUUCCGAGUCGUAUUUAAACAAUACAUGUUUAUAAAACAUGA